GCGAGUCGACUGGAGAGCUGCUCCAGCCCUGCGCGCGUCAGAGUGAGUCGGGUGGCAGCCUGAGCCUGGGAGCUCCCCCCACCCACCAUGCGCGGCGGCUCGGUUUAGCGACUCCAUGGAGCUGAGCAACUUCUACGAGGCGGACCCGCGCCCUCCGAUGAGCAGCGCCCUGCAGCCUCGCCCCCACCAGCACCACCAGCACCACCAGCAGCAGCCUCUGCCCUCCGCGGCGCACCUGCCCGCCGGCCCCCACCACGCGCACGGCCCCCACCUGCCGCCGGGCCCCGGCUACAGCGGCUACCUGCCCGCCGCCGAGCUGCAGGACAUCUGCGAGCACGAGAACUCCAUCGACCUGAGCGCCUACAUCGACCCGGGCGCCUUCAACGACGAGUUCCUGGCCGACCUCUUCCAGCACAGCAAGCAGCAGCAGCAGCAGCAGCAGCACCACGCCGCCGCCUCCUCGUCCUCCUCGUCGUCGUCGUCGUCGGGGGGCAAAGGCAAGAAGUGCCUGGACAAGAACAGCAGCGAGUACCGCGUGCGCCGCGAGCGCAACAACAUCGCCGUGCGCAAGAGCCGCGACAAGGCCAAGCAGCGCAACGCCGAGACGCAGCAGAAGGUGCUGGAGCUGAGCGCCGACAACGAGCGGCUCCGCAAGCGGGUCGAGCAGCUCACCCGCGAGCUCGACACUCUCCGCGGCAUCUUCCGGCAGCUGCCCGAGAGCUCGCUCGUCAAGGCCAUGGGCAGCUGCGCCUGAACACCCCGCCCGCCCCCCGGCCGGCCGAGCACCGGCUCCUCUCUCCUCCUGCCGCGGGCGCGACCGGCGCUCGGGGGCCCUCCGCUGUGCCCGGAAGGCCGGCCGCCACGUCGGGCAGCCCUUCGCCCGGAGAGGGGAGGAGGACGGAGCCUGCCGCGCCCCUCGCCGGCGCAAAAGAGCGGACGCGCUUCGACAGAACUUUGACCGGACCGGCCUGAGCCCCGUUGGCAGAGGUCCCGAAUCGUGUGCCUUAGAGGGGGGGGGGCGUUCAGGGGGCCCCCCCGA